GAUGACCAUGAUUGAUAUCAUCACUAACUCAAUGAAACAUUCUCAUUCUCACUAUUCACCUUCAUCAUCAUAUCAUCAUCAAAUCAACUUAUCAUCAACUUCACCUGACUCUCAUUAUCAUCAUCAUCAUCAUACUUCACUUUCUCAAUCUCAAUCUCAAAAUCAACCUUAACAUCAUCUCAUUGAUCCUAUACCAUGACUACUCCACUCAAAUCUACUUCAAAGUCUGCCAUCCAUAACGCCAAGACCUGGGAUGGCGAUGGUUUGAAGGACACAUCUUCACAUGCCUAUCAUGCCGCUCCGUUUGAAAGUAAGAAGGACAAGCGAAGACGGGAUCAGGUUGCACGUAUCGAGCGUAUACGAGACGAUAACCUACGGAGGCGUGAAGAAAUCUAUACCAACGCAUGGAAGGAGUUGAAUGAAACUCAAUUUGCACUCAUGUCUAAUCCACCUACCGAAAUCAACUAUCUACUACAGCUUCAUCGGGAGUCAUUGAAAAGAGAAAACGAAUUGUUGGCAGUGAGAGUGUAUCAUGACCAUCUAAUCAGUUCAGCUCGUGCUUCGUUUGAGUCAGAGGUGAAAUCUAUUGAAGAAGAGUUUGCAAACGCAAAGGCACAAGCAAAAGAUAAAUUAUUAGAAAGUCUCGAGGAACGUAGAAAGAAGUUGAAGGAAGAAAAAGAGCUCGUCGAUUUUAAUGAAGAGGCUGUUGGUCAUACCCAUCGAGCUCAUGCUACUCGUGGACUACGAAACCGAGCUUCAAAUCGUUCGGUUUUCUCUCGGGCUUCUCCUGUACCAUCUAAUGCGAAUGGCUCC